AUGACGCUUACUUUGUUUUUGGCACUACUGUAUAACUCAAUAAUCAUUGUCUAUGGGUCGCAUUUCCUUGGUGGAACUAUUACCUGGCAUCCAUUGAAUGAAUCUGCCACUGGGUCACCGGUAGCGAUUGUAAUAACUCAGACCUAUUCAUGGACAUAUUCACUGAUCCCAUGUACUACAGCCCAAAUUGCUGCCGCUCAAUUGAUUCCUGUUGGUGGAUAUACUUAUCUGAACACUCAAACACUUGAUUGCAUAAGUAAUUGCAAUCCUGGUGCAACUGGUUACGCUCCUCCACUUGUUAGACCAGAAUGUACUGAUAUUUCAGCACCAGUAGGCACCACUGUUGGACAGCGUUCUGAUAUUGUUUAUUUGCCAGCUGGGGACGAUUUUUCUGCUGCUUUUCAACAAAGUGCAUGGCGUCCACUAGCAACAGUUGCAAGUGCCGCCUGGUCGAUUUCAACGCACAUUUCUGUUAAAUCAAGAUCUGAUAAUGGCCUAUAUAACAAUGCUCCUGUGGCAACUGUGAUGUCUCCAAUCCAAAUUCCUGUCAAUCAGCCAACAGUUAUUACGGUACCUGUGGCUGAUGCCGACGGUGAUUCGACACGUUGUCGGUGGUCAACAUCGUCAAAUGGUGUCGAUGAAUGUGGCGGUGUAUGCCCACCUAGUUCACUACCAUCAGGUACUAUUAUCUAUCCAAACUGUACUAUUAUCAUCACUGGUAAUACUGUUGGCGACUGGUUUGCUGUGACAAUCAUGGUCGAAGAUUUUAUCUCUUCAACGAGCAUAACUCCACUCAGUACAGUACCCGUACAAUUUCUCGUUCAUGUUGUUGGCCCAUCACCAUGUGCUAAUGAUCCGGAAAUUGAUGGAAUACCACUCGAGGGAUCCUGUAUACCUAUAACAGUCGGUCAACCAUUCAACUCGGUUUUGAUUGCAAUCAACAAUUGUGGGCCAAGUGUAACUAUUGUCGAUAUUUCAACAUUAUCAUUUCCUGGUAUUGUAAAAGGAAAUCUCGUCGAAUCCAAUACGUCAACUUACUACAAAACGAUUUCAUGGACACCGACUUCAUCUCAACUUGGCUAUCAAGUUAUGUGCGCGAUGGCUUUCGAUAGUCAAAAUGCACAAUCAGCACAAUAUUGUUUCAAAUUCUACGUUUCGAGAAAUGGUGUUUGUGCUUUUCCACCACGACGACAACUUCAACGACUUCGACAACAACAACAACGACAACCGCAACGACAACAACAUCAACAACAGCAACGACAACAACGAAAUGUAUGCCUAGAUUGA